UAAUCUAAAGUUUGACCCUUACAAACUGUGUUCUCUACGGCAAAUUCAAAUUACGUAAUUUUACUAAGCUUCCUUUCUUCAUUUCAGAGUGAAAAUAAUAUCUGUUUGACCACAUGUAAGACAAUGUGUAUGUCAUAUAUAUGUGCAUAACCCCUUCCGCAUCUACCACCUGUUAAGCUCUCUAAGUGCUGUGGGAGCAGCAGACAGGAAGGGGCGGAGCGACAGCGGCUACCGUGGCCAGAGCGCCGCUGGGGAGGAAACGGAGUCAGCGGGAGGCGCAGGUAUGUGCCUGGCGGCUGCCUAAUCACCCCCACCCUGCCCCUCGCCGUCCCGGCCGUCGGUCGGGGGUCCACGAGGCCUGUGGUGACUCUCGGCGCUCAGCACUGGGGGAGCGGCGACACCGGGUCCAUGGCCACCGCGACGGCUCCGUCUUCCUUGGCCCUCAAAGCCUCCAGCACGGCCAGGGUCCCCAGCUCCUACGGAGUCUUCUGCAAAGGGCUCUCCCGCACCCUGCUCGCCUUCUUCGAGCUGGCCUGGCAGCUGCGCAUGAACUUUCCGUACUUCUACGUCGCAGGCUCGGUGAUCCUCAACAUCCGCUUGCAGGUACACAUUUAGUACCGUGAUUACGCGGCCGGCUUCCCGGCCAGGACAUGGCCGACUCCCAGGAGCCUCGGCGGCGAAACGGAGCGGCGAGCGCGGAGCUCUGGAAUCUCGCGAGAGGACUUGAGCGCUCUUCGCGGCUGCGCUCUCAACGGAGACGGUCCUAGCCGAGCUGCCGGGACGGUGGCGGUUAGCGGCUAGAGAGAGGAAGUACGCGAUUUUCCGGGGACAGCGAAGAACUUCAGUUAAGGGCUACGACAAUAUUUAAGAAGCUUUGCAUCCUUAAAAUGAAAACAGAACGAACAUGAUGCAUUAUUUAAAAAAGGAGGGCUAAUAAAGUUUUCAGAAAAAUUUUAAUGUACAACAAGCUCAUGGCCCAAAUUAAAAUAAGACAUAAAUUUCGGGAAUAUUGGAUUGUAAGCAAGACAUUGGAUGAGUAAGAAGCUGAAGAUCUUAAAGAUACGUGGAAGGCAAAUAUAUUUCUUCAACAAGAGAAAACCGUGACAAUCAAAUUGUCAGUGGAAAAGCACAACUGUACAGGAAAAGCGACCUUCUAAUACCAAACAAUAUAAAAUGCUGCUGGAUUUUGAACAGAGGGUUGGAGUGUGAGAAAGUGGACUCUAUUUCGUGGUCCCUGUGAGUAGCAUGUAGUUCAAGACCUUGGAGCCAAAGAGAAGGAAAUCCAGUCACAGCACUAAGCUUGGCUACUUCGUGAAUAACAUUUAAAUAAUCGUAAUAAUUAAUGUAAAUGAUGGUUAUGGUUUUCAUCUUUUGAGAUAAUACUUAAUUGUGGUUACAAAGUAGAACGCAAAUGUUAUCAGCUUUGAUAAUGGAAAAGUACAGUUUACAAGCAGGGAUGUUGAAGGGGGAGGGAAAAAAUGGUGAUGCUGUCCUUAUAAAGUGGGAAGUUGAGAGAUACAGUCUGUCCUCAAUGGGGAAAAAGGCGUUUUAUUAUUUGAAGAGUAAAUGACCUAAGGAGUAUGCCAUGAAGUUGCUAAAAUCGUAAUACAACUAUAUUAAAGAGGAAGGAGAGUAGGGGAGAAGAGCAUGAAUUCAAUAAGAAAUGCGUAAAGACAGAAAGUUAGGUGGAAUGUCUCAAAAAGAAAAACUGAGAGUACCGGGUGUGUUUGAAUAUAAAGACGAGAUUUUUAGUUUUUCAGAGUCUGAGGAUGAAUUGGUGGUCUGCAAAUUUUUUAAAAAUUAAGGAAACAAAUCCAUUAUGAAACAGGAAAAUUCAAAGUUUUUUCAGGAACUACACUGCAUUCUUCUGUUGCGAAUAAUACUAGUCAUAUAAAGUCAGUCAUAAUUACGUAAAACUGAAUACUAAUACAACAAAAAAUGUGUAGUAUUGAGGGGAUUGGAGAGGAGAGGUGUGUGUAAUGGGGGGAAAUCAGGCAAGAUCUAAUACAGAGAGGUGAGUAAAGCAAUAUCAACACAUUAUUAAAAAAGCUACGAUAGAAAGAAGUGGUUGUCUCUGGAGAAAAAAGUCGGAGAUGGGUAGAGAAAAGGCAGAGGAUUGCUGUCUUUCACUACCAGUCUAACAGUAUUAUUUGGGUUUUUCUUAAUUGUAUAUAUGUAUUUCUCUGAUUAAAACUUAAUUUAAGUAAGUUUCAGUUUUAAAAGUUCCCCCCGGGCAGUUGAAAUAUACAGCACUGGUUAAGAGCCACCACAGUAAAAUGGGAUUGAGUUUUUAAAUCAGGCAUAUCACUGUUAAAAUACAAACUCUUAAUUUUGUGGUUGUAGGUGAAUCAGUCUGCCUAAAACCCAGUUUGCUCAACUAUUAAAAGAAGAUAAAAAUACCUACUCUGAAAAGUCAGAGAAUUAAAAAUAAGCCUGCCUUAGUGCUUGAUAUAUACACAAUAAGUAGUAUUUGUUCUAACAAAAUGUCUCAUUAACAUGUGAGUAAAACUUAAAACUCAUAGAGCGCCUGUUUUUUUCCAGUGGAGCUUUUCAGUCCUAAAGGUGAUCUGUAAGGUACUGACCCUGAGGGCCUGGGGCAGAGCCUCCAGAAGGAUUUGAAGAGAUAAAAGUUGCCAUUGUUUGGAGAGAUAAAGAUUUAUAAACUAUUUGCAGUUUUGUAUUCCACUAAUUGCGUCCAACCAACAAGUAUACUCUCGGGUUGUAAACUAAGUUCCCCCUCCAGCACCAAGUCUGACUUUGGGUAAUUGUGUUUCUUUAUACUUAACUGUGGUUACAAAGUAGAAUGCAAAUGUUAUCAGUUUUGAUAAUGGAAAAGUACAGUUUACAAGCAGGGAUAUAACCUUUCUUUAUUCCUUGUCUCCAGUCAAACUCCUGUAGUUUUUUUGAGCACAUCCUCUUUUACUUUCUUUUGCCUUCUCUUCUCUUUCUUUUUUUUUGCCUUUUGUUACUCGACCUGUAUUUUUAAGGCUAAACUUAGAUGCCACUUUUUUUUCAUUAUUUUUUCCCGGAUUCCCCUGAUUGUAUUAAUGUUUUACUCCAUCUAAGGGCUGUGUUCAUAUCAACCUAGCCAUUUUCAUAGGCUACCUUAUUUUUGCCUAAUUGUGCAUUAGUUAUCAGAUGUGGAUUUUUGUUUUUAAAUAUCCAAGAGACAGUUUUCUAUCAUCUUUCCCUUGGUUCUUACAUAUUGCUGUGAGAGUUCAGGAACUAAAACAUUUUAAAAUACCAGCAAUGUAAUUUGAUCAGUGAAACAAUUCUGUAAUGCCAGGGUACUUACAAAUGGUGAGCAUCGCUCUUCCCCAGAAGUACUAGUGUCCCACUUUGUAACAAAAGGGGCUGCCAUUAGCUCUGGAAUGGUGAGGGACAGGGAUGCUUCAUUCAGGUUGCUACGUGAACAUGUGCCUUCUUCAGCCUUUUUUCUUUAGCUUAGCCUUUUGUUACACUAAAGAAACCAAGGCACUCAGCACUUACUGUGUAUCACAUCCUCCUGCUAUAUUGGACUCUGUGAGGGAAGAUACUGUAUCCUAUCCAGUUUUUACAGCACAUACAGUAUCAGCAACUAUGAAGUAUGAACUGAAUUAAGGCUCCAUGAUUUACCCUUUAUUCCUCACAUUUGUUCUUACACCCAGUCUAUAUUUUUCUUCCCACAUUUAUAACUCAGUGAAGUUUCCCAAGGGAGAAAACAAGAUUUUUGCCCUGACUAAACCACUUAUUCUAAUUUGCAAGUAGUUUUAUUCCUCUUACCAUCCUUCCGGGCAGCAUCCAUGAAGCCAAAAACUGUUCAUUGCUCUAUCCCUUAGAGUAUUAACCUAAUGCAAUGUAGAUAAUAAACAUAGUUGGAUAAAUGCCAAA